AGUCGGUUAGCAAGAAUCCGAAUCACACAAGGAUUCUUGCGUGAUUCACAAGAAUCCAAAUCCUACUGCACCUCUUAUUACUUAAGAGAGCACUACUACUAAGGCCUUCACGAAUCACGGCUGGCACAAAGAGCACAAGUACAACUGUCUUCUUCAUGACCGAUUGGCUACAGACGUGAACAGAUCACUACUUUCAACCCACUGCAAAUCCUCCGUAGAAAUCCUCCACCCUUCUCCAAGCUGCUAUGUUGGCCAGGAAGCAGAGGACUUGUGCAAUUUUGGAUGCUGGUGAUGAUGAUGGCAAUGGUGUUGGGGGAAACAUUGAUUGUAGCUCUUCCGUUGCAGAUGCUCCUGAAACCAGAAAAUCCCAUACCCAUAAAAAACGUUUCAGGAAGAAGAUUGAAAGUCAAGAAGAUGAAGAUUAUGCACGAGGGGCAGCAGCAGAUAGACAGGUUAAAAGACGAACUUCUGGUGACGAAGAUAAUGGUUCAGAGUCGGAAGAAGAAAGGUUGCGUGACCAAAGAGAGAGGGAGCAAUUGGAGCAAAAUUUAAGGGAACGGGGUCGUCGGGAUGCAGCAGGGACACGGAAGCUAACAGAACCAAAGUUAUCACGAAGGGAGAAAGAAGAGGCAAUGAGGAGAUCUGGCGUUGUGGAGCAAAAUGGCCUUGAAACCGUGAGAAAAGUUUCAAGACAAGAAUAUUUGAAGAAAAGAGAAAAGAAGAAACUGGAAGAAUUAAGAGAUGAUAUAGAAGAUGAGCAAUAUCUAUUUGAUGGCGUGAAGCUUAACGAAGCGGAAUAUCACGAGUUAAGGUACAAGAAGGAAAUAUACGAGCUUGUGAAGAAGCGGUCAGAGUAUGCUGGCGACAGUACAAGCGAGUACAGGAUGCCGGAAGCCUAUGAUCAGGAAGGCGGUGUUAAUCAGGAAAAGAGAUUUUCCGUGGUUUUGCAGCGUUACAGGCCGGAUCCAACUGCCGUGGAAAAAACGAAUCCUUUUGCAGAACAAGAGGCUUGGGAGGAGCUUCAAAUUGGGAAGGCCACGUCGUCGACAGUUGCUUCAAAGAAUAAAAAGCAAAUAUCUGAUCAUGACUAUCUGUUUGUGUUUGAGGAUCAGAUUGAUUUUAUCAAAGCAUCAGUUAUGGAUGGAGACAAUACGGAUCAGUCCACUGAGUUGCUUGACAAGUCUUGGGCAAAAUCAGCUUUGGAGGAGGAGGAGAGAAAAGCAUUACCUAUAUAUCCAUAUCGGGAUGAAUUGCUCAAAGCUGUUCAUGAUCAUCAGGUUCUUGUCAUCGUUGGUGAAACUGGUUCCGGGAAGACUACACAGAUACCCCAGUAUCUUCAUGAAGCUGGAUAUACAAAGCGCGGAAAGGUUGGAUGUACACAGCCACGAAGGGUCGCUGCUAUGAGUGUGGCUGCCCGAGUUUCUCAAGAAAUGGGUGUCAAACUUGGCCAUGAGGUUGGUUAUUCCAUCCGAUUUGAGGAUUGCACUUCAGAAAAGACUGUCAUUAAAUAUAUGACAGAUGGGAUGCUGCUGAGAGAAUUCCUCGGUGAGCCAGAUCUGGGAAGCUACAGCGUGGUGAUGGUGGAUGAGGCCCACGAGAGAACUCUCUCAACUGAUAUUCUGUUUGGAUUAGUAAAGGAUAUUUCUCGAUUUCGUCCUGAUCUUAAGUUGCUCAUCUCCAGUGCAACACUCGAUGCGGAGAAAUUUAGUGAUUAUUUUGAUUCAGCUCCAAUCUUUAAAAUUCCAGGGAGGCGAUAUCCUGUUGAAAUACACUACACCAAAGCUCCAGAAGCUGAUUACUUGGAUGCCGCCAUAGCUACCGUUCUUCAAAUUCACGUGACACAACCUGGUGGAGAUAUAUUGGUUUUCUUCACUGGUCAAGAAGAGAUUGAAACAGCGGAAGAAAUUUUGAAGCACAGGACAAGAGGCCUAGGGACAAAGAUUGCUGACCUGAUUGUCUGCCCGAUAUACGCAAUCCUACCGACUGAGCUCCAAGCAAAAAUAUUUGAACCCACUCCUGAAGGAGCACGGAAGGUUGUUCUCGCAACAAAUAUAGCUGAAACCUCCUUGACUAUCGACGGGAUCAAAUACGUAAUUGAUCCAGGCUUUUGUAAAAUGAAAUCCUAUAAUCCAAGGAAUGGGAUGGAGUCGUUGCUGGUUGCUCCUAUUUCCAAAGCAUCAGCUAAUCAGAGGGCAGGUAGAUCUGGACGAACAGGUCCUGGAAAAUGCUUCCGACUAUAUACUGCCUACAAUUAUCACAAGGAUUUGGAAGACAAUACAGUACCAGAAAUACAAAGGACCAACCUUGCAAAUGUUGUCCUUACACUCAAGAGCCUUGGUAUCCAUGACUUGUUAAACUUUGAUUUCAUGGACCCGCCGCCAUAUGAAGCAUUAUUGAAAGCCCUGGAACUGCUCUUUGCACUGGGUGCAUUGAAUAAAGUGGGGGAGUUGACUAAAGUGGGUAGACGGAUGGCGGAAUUCCCCCUUGAUCCCAUGCUAUCCAAAAUGAUAGUUGCUUCUGAUAAGUACAAAUGCUCUGAUGAGAUCAUUUCCAUUGCGGCCAUGCUUUCUGUUGGGAACUACUCCAUCUUUUAUCGUCCAAAGGAUAAACAAGUUCAUGCCGACAACGCGCGGAUGAAUUUUCAUACGGGAAAUGUUGGAGACCACAUUGCAUUGCUAAAGGUCUACAGUUCAUGGAAGGAGACAAAUUACUCAACACAAUGGUGUUAUGAAAAUUACAUACAGGUUAGGAGUAUGAAGCGUGCGAGAGAUGUGCGAGAUCAGCUUGAAGGGCUCUUGGAAAGGGUUGAAAUUGAUCUAACCUCAGAUCCCAGUGACAUGGACACUAUAAAAAAAGCUAUAACAUCUGGUUUUUUCCCACAUUGUGCAAGGCUGCAAAAUAAUGGAUCUUAUCGGACCCUCAAACAUCCACAGACUGUUCACAUACACCCCGGCUCAGGGCUGGCACAGCUCCUUCCGAGAUGGGUUUUAUACAAUGAGUUGGCACUCACGACCAAGGAAUAUAUGAGACAGGUAACACAAGUAAAGCCUGAAUGGUUGGUGGAAAUAGCCCCACACUAUUACCAGCUUAAGGAUGUUGAAGACUCUACUCUCUCUCUCGGUGUCCGUUGUACUUAGAUACAUUUUAUUGGAUUGAAAUUUAAUAUGGUGUUUAUGAUGCAUCCAUGCGCUAGUCUGAUGGGUUUUACAUGGAAGUUUUCCUUGUAGGUAGGCGUAGAACCAUCCAUAUCUAUUUUAAUUGUCUGAUUUAACCGGAUCUAGUAAGCUUAGGACUGUAUUCGAGCUGAGUCAAGUAUUGAAUGUUCAAGCUCAACUCAUUUAAUUUUAUUUCGAACGCGAGUCGAGCUCGAUCUUAUCACGAGCUGUUCAAUUAACUUAUUCAUUUCUUAUAUAAAGUAAAUAUCAUGAUUGUUUAUAUUUUCAUAAAUCCAUACUAAUCAUUAAUUAAUUAA